AUGCUCCCGACCCCGGACACAUCGCACGUCUCCUUCGACACAAUCUACGAACCCUCCGAAGACUCGUACCUUUUUCUCGACACCCUCUCCUCCGCGUCCGAGUCCGCAUGGCUGAAGUCCCGCUUUACAAACCCGUCUGCAUCCCCGCUCCUCCUAGAAGUCGGCUGCGGCUCCGGCGUCGUACUCGGAUUCGUGACUGCAAACUCUGAACUCAUUUUCGGGCGCCGCGACGUCCUCGCCCUUGCUACGGAUGUCAAUCGCGAUGCGUGCGUUGCAACGCAGAAGACCAUCCAGAAGGCUGUGCUUGAGCGGCAGGUAGAAAAUCAAGGUGUAGAGACACCAACAGAAGAAACACCAGCGAAAAAACCGACGUCGAUAGCAUUAUCCGCCGUGACAGGCAACCUCACUUCCCCGCUCCGCCCAGGCACAAUCGAUAUCCUCCUCUUCAAUCCGCCCUAUGUCCCCACAGAAGAAUUACCAGAGAUCCCCUUUACAUCUACCUCUACAACCGCACAAGACACUAGCACAAACCUAUCACGAAGCGCCAAAUUCGAGCGCGAAUCGUACUACCUCUCGCUCACGUAUGCUGGGGGCCGUGACGGCAUGGAGACAACCGACAAGCUGCUCGAGGCGAUCCCGGAGGUCUUGGAUCCAAACCGCGGCGUCGCCUAUGUGUUGCUCUGUGCUCAGAAUCGGCCGGAGGAAGUCAAGAGUCGCAUUCGGGGGUGGAAAGGAGGAUGGAAGGCCGAGACGGUGGGGAAUAGCGGGGUGCAAGCGGGCUGGGAGAAGCUGGUUAUUGUGAGGAUAUGGAGGGAUUGA